AUGACUCUUGGAAAAGUAAUUACAGCAAAUGGAAUGAGCGAGAUACUCGAAUCAAAAAAAGAUGUAGUACCUAAUCUUUUCUUCUAUGAUAAUGUUUAUUAUGCAAUUCUCGAAGAUAAACUUUAUGCACUCGAUUCUUAUCUUCAUUUUUGGCAAGAAUUACAAUUAAAUAUGAUAUUCUAUGACGGCAUGUCUGUUACAGUAACUCCAAAAGGUGUCGUGUUUUUUGGAGGUCAACAAAACAGAAAAUACACAAAUACAAUGUAUUUAUUCACGAAUCCUACAGUUAUUCCGAUUAUUAACGAUAUGCCACCAAGAGCUUACCAUUCAUCAUGCUGGAUUGAACAUUUAGAGAGUAUUUGCAUCGCAUGCGGAACUGCUGAAGAACCUCUCAACCAAGUCUGCAUUUUCAACAUGAAUACAUGGGCAACAACAUUUGUCGUUCCUCUCAACCCUCUCGUUUCGAUUAACUCAUCUUGCUGCCACGUAACAGGAGAUCAAGUCGGAAUUAUCGGCAAUUUUAAUUCGCUCGAAUCGCAAGACACAAAUCUCAUAUUACUCAAUAUAAGAGAUGGCCGCAUGAAUACAAUCGAAUCAAGUAGCGCACAAAAGAAUUUUACUGCUAUUAAGACAUUUGUCAUGGAUAACAGAUUUUUCGCUGUCAUGGCACAUAAUGUAUGGGUAUACGACUUCGCUCAUGGCCAAUGGUUGCUCUUUGACGUACAAAAACUGUGGAAAGAAGCAGCUUACAUUUUGGACAGCGAAGGAGAAAGUUUGACGUUGUUUACAUCUGAUUUAAGCAGAUACGUUAAUGUUACAUUCAAAACAAUGGUCAGAUUCGUAGAAGAUUUAAUUGAUGACAAUAUUAACACGAAUCUCUUCGAAGUUGACUCAUUAAAGAUCUCCAACAGAGUUGAUUCCAUUUUUAAGUCAGUUCAUACCAAUGCACAUAGAGUUGUCGCUCAAAUGAAACAAAAAGGAAUGAAAAUACCUGCUGCAGACAGAAUUUUGAGAUUAAUGGAAGAGCACAGGCUUCUACAGAUGGCUGCCUUCCGUUUGGAUGACGCUAGAACCCGUUUGGGCAUGGUUCGACCUCAAGAAUCAAAUUCAGAAAAUAAUGCAUACGAUGUCGAAAAGCAAAUGGCCGAUAUCGAACAGAAACUGAAGAAAUACAGAGCAGACAAGCUGGCAAUGCAUAAAUCCCAUGAUUCUGAGCUUGUUAAUAUUCGUCAGGCAAUUCAGAAGAUUGACAGACAGGUUCCUGGCCCAAUAUUACCAGGACAAAAUCCUCUGGAUGUUGCCGAAGCCUUGGCCGAUUCUAUAAAGAAACAAAAAAUGGAAUAUGAGAAAUUGAAACAAAAAUGCGAGAAAGACAGGAAGCAACAUGUGUCAGCCGAUUCUUUCUUCUAUGGUAUAUACGAACUUGACAAACUCGAUAUGGAAGUCUACGAAACAGAUAAGAAAUUACUUGAAGCUCAAAAAGCGUUCACAGAAGCAGCCGCAAGCUCUUCAAAUAAGUGGCUGUCGACGUUAGAUUCGUUUGCCGAUAGAAAUGGACAAAAGCAAUUUGCUAAAUCUUCUGCAAUUGAGAGAUGGAUUACAACUGAAAGAGAGCACUACGAUAUAUUGCUUUCUAAUUUAAGGGCUGCAACAAGUUUCCUCAAAGCUUUCCCUGAUUCUCCAAAAGCUCUGAGCGAUGUUCAAGAUGCCGCUAACAAAAUAAGCUGCUGGAUCCAAAGAUUAAAUUCUUCUGCUCCAAGUGAAGCAAGCCUUAUCGAAGAGAUCUAUAUGAACAUCUCUUGGGCAUCAUCUGUAUUUUAA